UUGCUCCAGCAAACUGGAAUAACCUUCCUGCUGAAUUAAGGGCAGGCGUCACUCUUCCUGUUUCCAGAAAGUGAAUCGGGCGACCCUGAUUCCUCGUGCUCAGGUAUUCUACUUUUUUAGUGACUGAUCGCUUGCUUGUCAACGGUCCUGCAAUGGCAGCAAGCAAGAGUAAGAACCAGAGCUCCCUGGCCCUGCACAAGGUGAUCAUGGUGGGCAGUGGUGGUGUGGGCAAGUCCGCCCUCACACUGCAGUUCAUGUACGACGAGUUUGUAGAAGACUACGAGCCCACAAAGGCAGACAGCUACAGGAAGAAGGUGGUGCUGGACGGAGAGGAGGUGCAGAUAGACAUCCUGGACACUGCUGGACAGGAGGACUAUGCAGCUAUCCGGGAUAACUACUUCCGCAGCGGGGAGGGCUUCCUCCUGGUGUUCUCCAUAACGGAGCACGAGUCCUUCUCCUCCACAGCCGAAUUCAGGGAACAGAUUUUGCGGGUGAAGUCAGAGGAGGAUAAAAUCCCAUUGCUUGUGGUUGGGAACAAGUCAGAUUUGGAAGAGCGGAGACAGGUGAUGGUGGACGAAGCCAGGAGCAAAGCAGAGGAGUGGGGAGUUCAAUAUGUAGAGACAUCCGCCAAGACCAGAGCCAACGUAGACAAGGUAAAUCACAAGGAAUGAUCAAUAUGUAGAGACACCCACCAAGACAAGAUAAAUCACAAGGAAUGAUCAAUAUGUAGAGACAUCCGCCAAGACCAGAGCCAACGUAGACAAGGUAAAUCACAGGGAAUGAUCAAUAUGUAGAGACACCCACCAAGACCAGAGCCAACGUAGACAAGGUAAAUCACAGGGAAUGAUCAAUAUGUAGAGACACCCACCAAGACAAGAGCCAACAUAGACAAGGUAAAUCACAGGGAAUGAUCAAUAUGUAGAGACAUCCGCCAAGACCAGAGCCAACGUAGACAAGGUAAAUCACAGGGAAUGAUCAAUAUGUAGAGACACCCACCAAGACAAGAGCCAACGUAGACAAGGUAAAUCACAGGGAAUGAUCAAUAUGUAGAGACACCCACCAAGACCAGAGCCAACGUAGACAAGGUAAAUCACAAGGAAUGAUCAAUAUGUAGAGACACCCACCAAGACCAGAGCCAACGUAGACAAGGUAAAUCACAGGGAAUGAUCAAUAUGUAGAGACACCCACCAAGACCAGAGCCAACGUAGACAAGGUAAAUCACAGGGAAUGAUCAAUAUGUAGAGACACCCACCAAGACCAGAGCCAACGUAGACAAGGUAAAUCACAGGGAAUGAUCAAUAUGUAGAGACAUCCGCCAAGACCAGAGCCAACAUAGACAAGGUAAAUCACAGGGAAUGAUCAAUAUGUAGAGACACCCACCAAGACCAGAGCCAACGUAGACAAGGUAAAUCACAAGGAAUGAUCAAUAUGUAGAGACACCCACCAAGACCAGAGCCAACGUAGACAAGGUAAAUCACAGGGAAUGAUCAAUAUGUAGAGACACCCACCAAGACCAGAGCCAGUGUAGACAAGGUAAAUCACAGGGAAUGAUCAAUAUGUAGAGACACCCACCAAGACAAGAGCCAACGUAGACAAGGUAAAUCACAGGGAAUGAUCAAUAUGUAGAGACACCCACCAAGACUAGAGCCAACGUAGACAAGGUAAAUUACAGGGAAUGAUCAAUAUGUAGA